GCUCGGGCGGAGGAGAAGGCUCGGAGCGCGCAGAAGAGCAGAAGAACGUCGUGGAUGCUGAGAGGGAGAGACGAUUACAGAUGAAGAAAGACGAUGACCUCUCCGUGGCAAUCAGGAUUAACGAGAUGGAGGACAGUUGGUUCCAGAGGCUGCACAGAGUGAUCGGACCAUUAUACACUACAGCUGACAAGAAAGGAAAGAAGACGGUUACUUACGCUUCCAGCCUGGUGUCCGAUCAUGAGAGUGAAACCAGCGAUACGAGUGUCAGACAGGAGUUGAGCGAUCGCACCUCGAAGCUACAAAUUUCGGAGAAACGAAAACGGGGACCUGAGAUCGUACUCGAGGAUAGCCCGCCUAUGGAGAAACCGCCCAAGCGAACACCGAAGCAGGGAGCACUAAGACCUGUAAAGUUGACAGUCCGCAUGACUAGGGCAAAAGCACGAAGAUUGUCGAGUACCAUGUCAUUAAAGAUGACUCCCGGGCGACCGACAACCGUAAGAUCACCGGUGAAGAUGUCGUUAUCUGGGCGGAAAACCCCGAGGACACCGAGGACGGUUAGAGCGACCUCUCCACAGAUGCCGCUGUGCGCUCCUGUUACGCGCGGUGCCUUGGAACGUCUGCGGUAUCGGAACAAGAUGAUCGAUGAACUAAAAUCACUUGAUGCUGUGGAAUUACAGAAGUUGUGCAAGAAGGAGGGUAUUCCUUACGAUGGGAAGAUUGAGUCGAUACUCGAUAUUGCCGACAUGAAGACAAUGAAGAAGUUCGGCACUACGACGCAGAAGAUUGCCGAAGUGAUAAGUGUCGAAGAAUCGGAGGACCUGGUGGGCGGCUCGGACUGAGAAGUCGGAUCUGACGAUGUGGUGGUCUGAGGACCUUUGGAGACGCCGAAACUAUGGAAGCUUUGCAAAUACAUCUCUGAGUUGAUAAGGGAGGCGUACACGUUUGACCAGAGAGUGGAAGAACUGCUAUGUCUGCUUAUCCUGAGCCUGGCAAUGGAUGGACGAAUCCGAUGGUUGGGUAAGUGCGUGAAGAAUUGGUUGCGAUUGUAUGAGAAGUACGGUCUUGAAUUUCUCAGGUUGUCUAAAUGUGUAUAUAUUGGGGCCUCGCAGUAUUGUAAGUCUCUCUAUGUCGGGAAAACUACACGUAGCACCCUAGUGAGAUGGCGUGAACACAUAUAUGCAUGUCGAACUCGGAAACAAUCGCACUUCCAUAGAUGGAUCUGCACGUUUGGAAUUGGGAAGUACGUACUAAUUCUCGUUGACGUUCUCGAAGGUACUGACUUAGGCAAUCUUGAGAGGUUGUACAUUCAGCAAUGGUCACCAUUUCUUAAUACUGUCGGUUAUCGGGUAGCUGAAAAUUCAGGAAUGAAAAUUCUGAAGUGAG